GGAAGCGGGUUCAGAUGCAGCGUUGAUGUCAGUGGAAGAGGCGGCGGAGGCGGCAGUGGAGCAGGAGCUUGUAGAGCCAGAGCCAGUAGUAGAGGCUGCGCCGCGCGACUCGACGCCCAGUCCAUCCAUGAAGUCAGGCAGUGUCGGCAGCAAGGGCAGCAGCUCCUUGAGACCGGACAUGAAGGCGUCCAGCAGCGACUUGCGUCAGCCCAGUGACCAGGACGAUACCGACUCGGAGCUCUCGGACUCGGAGAACUUCCUGACCAAGGGCUGCUUCCUGCUGACCCCCAGUAACGAGCUGAACAUGGAUAAGGCGUCCGCCAUCUGUGAGAAGAUGAACUUCCGCGGUCCCUACUCCCUCACCAAGACCGCUACCGGGAUACUCUUCAAGUUCGCAGAGAUGGAUGAUUACCACGCAACCUUCAAAAAGGGAUUUCACAAAGUGACUGGUGCCAGGUUUUACAAGAAGAUUCCUAUUCCGUGCAGACCACAGAAGACUUUCGUAGUAUUCGUGUUGGAAGUGCCAGAUGAGGUGCCCGAGGAGGACAUCAGACAUGCCCUGUACAAGUAUACUUCUGUAGUGGAGGUAUGUCGCCUGCAGGGGGCAGGGGGAGUUAUGGCCAGUGCCAGCGCCACAUCACUAUCAUCCGCAGGAGGCCAACAGACUUCAGGGAGUACGAGAGCGCUAGACAAGAUGCCACGGGGGGAGAGCGCCUCUACGUCGGGAAACACCUCAGGGUCGGAGGCGGGUCCUAUCCUCACAGGACUGCCACCCCCCAUCGUUCGCAUCACCCUCGCCAAUCUGGAUGAGUGUAACUUGCUCCUGCAGAACGGUCUCGACUUUUAUGGUGCCACGUUUUUCCCUACUGAGCCUGCCGCUACUAGCGGCCUCUACCGGACUUCGGGUGGCAGAAAAUCUGCUGCUGGCAAUGUAUUGAAUCCUGCCUACUGGUAUACCAACAAUCGGCGCUAUAGCCGCUUCCUGGACCUACCCUCUUCAGGAGGAAGAGUGAGAGACUUGCUGCCAGUUUUCGACUCCACGGCCUUCGCCAAGAUCCCACCCCCUGCCAGCAAGGUGGUUAAGCCCAAGUAAUGCCCACCAGUGAUAGCGUGCCAAUAACAAGUGUGACUGUAGCGCUCAUAGUUGAUAUGUCUAUUACAACAAUACAAUCUGGAUCUAGGUUCAAAAUUCAACCUUCAUUCCAUCUAUACCAUAAAGUUUAUUGAAGACUUACUACAGUUUUUAAAGUAUGAAUAAACGUAAAGCACUUUUUAGUCUCAUAAAUAUAAAUCAUUCUAUGUUCAAGAAUACAUUCUAUUUCUAUUUAAUUUUUUUAUUCUAACAGCUUCGUUUUGCACUUAGGUCCACGUUAUUACGUCCAAUCAUACAAUUAAAUUAAAAUAUACAUGCUACAAAAAUGUAUAUGUAUUGUAAUUAUCAUGAUCGGUAAAAAAACAAUUUUAUAUGUUUCUUAAUAUGUUACUGUAAGUAAAUAUAUAUUUUUAAAUAAACAUUUUCUAACAUUUUUUAUCCGUGAAGAUUUCAUGAAGUUUUCAACCAUUAACAACAUUUUUGCCAUUGUAUUGCUUUUUAGGUUUUUAAAGUUGACAUUACAACAAUCGUAGAAUUUUGACAUUAAUUAUGUUUUUUUUUUAUCAAAUCACUCUUUCUUACUUUUACUUCCGAAAACAUUCUUGGUUUGUUAUAAUGGGAUUUUAGUAGCCCUAAAAUUAUUUGUACCACAUUGAUUUCUACUUCAAUUCCAUUGAAACCAAAUGAUAAAAUAACGAUUUCAACAUAUUUAAAAUUAUUACCAAAAUGAAUACUUGAUUAUGAAAUGUUUCCCAAAAUUAGUUUUAUCUACAUUACUACCGAUAUGUUCAUGCUGGACUUUGUUGUUGUGUCAUUCGUAACUAAUUCAUAAUGCACAUGUGAAAGACUUCUAGAAUAAUAAACUACUAUACUAUGAUAUGUUGAUCAGUUAUUUAAAAUGAAUUAUUCUGAAUAGUUUUUUCAGCAUUGCAUAAGUAAUAGAAUUAAAAAUUUAACUACCACUGAAAUAAAAAUAUAAAGACUGAUACUUACACAUAAUCGACUGUUUCUUUAAUAUUUUGUCAUGACGAAUUGCAUAACAAUAAUACAAUACCUACCUAAUACGACAAAUUAAAUUUAAUGCUGAUUAAUAAUAAGGGCUUUUUAUCAAAUUAACGUAUCGUAGUGCUAUAUAUAUGUUAUAAGAAUAGUAUAUAAUUUACCGUUGCUUUUGAUAAGAUACUGUCUAAAUUGUAUGUAAUAAGUUUACUAUUUAACUCAAAUUUAUUUACAAGUGAGGAAACUCUUACAAGAGUCUAUUCCACAGGUAGAUUUAAGAUGCAAACAUUGUAACUCAAGUUCCUAAUACCGUUUUACAUCAGUUCCUACAAUUAAACAUUACGAUCUUAUAUGGAUUCAACGUGCUUGUCAGCAUAUGAAUUUUGCACUUUCAGUGAAUACGUAGGUGAUAUUGGUUUUGUAAAAAGAUUGUGAUUUAAUGAAAAACUAGUAAAUCUUAAUAUAAAUAAA